AUGGUCUCGGAUACCUCACCUAGAGGCAUCGCCAUAAAACACGCCCAAGUGGACACAAUGCGCAAUAGGAUCGAACGUGUAACUGAAGACUUGAAAGAUUUGAAUGCAUUCUACCCAAUGAGAAUAUCCCCAAGAAGAACACGAAAGUUGAAAGAGUACCUCACCUCGGAGCUCGAAUCCCUCCAGAGCCAGCCAUUUGAUAGAUACGAUCAACAAGGCAAGAUAGACUAUCUUCUUUUGAGAAACUAUCUCGAACGGCAACUUCGAGACUUGCAACUCGACUACAAACAGAAUCAAAAAUCUGCACCUCUUUUACCCUUUGCCGAUGGUUUAUUAGAGCUAUGUGAAGCUCGUACCAAAGCAGAACGGAUACUUCCUCAAUCCGCUGCUCAAAAGCUCUUUGAGGCGAAUGCUGAAAUCAAAUCCGUGAUCGAUAGAGUGGAAAGAAAACCGAAUGACAUACAUAUUGAGAAAACUUCGGCUUUCCGAGCGGCUCAAGAUAUCGACUCUCUCCAAGCUAGCUUGAAAGAGUGGUUUGAUUUCUAUAGCGGGUACGACCCCAUAUUCGACUGGUGGGUCGCACAGCCAUAUGGUGUUGUAGACAAGAGUCUGAAGGAAACUUCGGAAAUCAUCCGAAAUAUUCUAGUCGGAAUUGACCCAGGAAAAGAAGACACAAUAGUUGGAAACCCCAUUGGACUUGAUGGAUUGCUCAGCGAGAUCUCGGCUGAGUCCAUUGCUUACACCCCGGAAGAUCUAAUCUCCAUUGGAGAGAAGGAAUUCAAAUGGUGUAUCAACGAGCUGAAAAAAGCAUCACGCAUGAUGGGAUUCCAAGAUGACUGGAAGCAGGCUCUGGAAGAAGUCAAGAAAGACGUUGUUGAGCCAGGGAAGCAGACUGAAUUGGUUCGGGAUCUUGUGCGGGAAGCGAUCUCCUUCGUGGAAGAGAACCAACUGGUUACCGUGCCCACGAUCGCCAAAGAAAAUUGGCAGAUGUUCAUGAUGUCGCCCGAACGCCAGAAAGUGAACCCUUUCUUUCUCGGCGGAGAAAGUAUUAUUGUAUCAUAUCCAACCGGCGGCAUGGAUCAUGAAGCCAAGCUCAUGAGCAUGCGGGGCAAUAAUAUACAUUUCUCCCGCGCGACGGUGUUUCAUGAGAUGAUUCCAGGUCAUCAUUUGCAAAUGCAUGUGAUUGCAAGAUCAAGGCCCUACCGUCGUCUCUUCGAUACCCCAUUCUGGAUUGAAGGGUGGGCAUUAUACUGGGAGUUUGUCUUGUGGAACGACGAUCGUUUCAGCAAAACGCCGCAAAAUCGCAUCGGAAUGUUGUUUUGGCGGCUUCAUAGAUGUGCUCGAAUCAUUUUUUCCAUAAAAUUUCAUCUUGGCCAGAUGAGUCCACAGGAAUGUAUCGAUUUGCUCAUCGACGAGGUGGGACACGAACGUGCUACUGCAGAAGGCGAGGUCAGGCGAUCACUCAACGGUGAUUAUUCACCCCUGUACCAGGCUGGAUAUAUGCUUGGUGCGCUCCAGAUCUACUCGUUGCGCAAGGAAGUUGUCGAGACCGGUCAAAUGACUGAGAAAGAUUUUCAUGAUCGAUUCUUGAGAGAAAAUUGCAUGCCCAUCGAGUUGAUGCGAGCUUUGAUACAAGACCAGCCGUUGUCCUGCAACCAUGCGCCGUCGUGGAAGUUCUGUUCAUUUUGA